CAAAAAUGAAUCAUAACUGAAUAGUUGUAAUAUGGCGACGAUGGCCAUCAAAACACGCACAGGAAUUUGCGCUAUCGCCUGCACCACAGUUAGUUUCAUAUUAGUUUUAGUUGCAUUUUGCACAUCCUAUUGGCUGGAAAACGAUGGGAUACUCGAAAACCCAAAAUUCAUCAGAAUAGGUUUAUGGGAGGUGUGCCUGAACAAUUUCGAGGAUAUCAAUCAUCAUUAUGAUAAGAAAUUCACUGGCUGCUGGUGGGUGUUCGAAGAUGAAUAUUAUAUCAUCCAGGACUUUCUCUGGCCCGGAUUCUUCUUGGCCACCCAAUUCUUCUUCACACUGUGCAUAACGCUGCUGAUAGUUGCCGCCUUCUUAACGUGGUUGUAUUGUUUCUGCAGUAGAGAUCAUGACAAAUACAUCCUACUGUUGAUGUGCAUUGGUGCUGACCUGAUAAUAGCUGGACUGUGCGGCUUUGUGGCAAUACUGAUAUUCGGGAUCUAUGGGGACAGGAGGGAUUGGAUGCCAAAUUGGGAGCACAACCAAUUGGGAUUAUCUUUUGGCUUAGGCUCGACUGGCUCACUGCUUCUGCUGCCAUCUGGUACACUUUUUCUGGUCGAAGCAAGGAGAGCAAACUACAGGAGACUUCAGGCGUCCAGACCUUCACUCUAAUUACUCACUCAUUAAACAUUAACGUAGCUCUAAUGCAAUUUAACCGUCCAAAAAUAUGUUUUAUAGAAUCUCGUUUAUCUAUG